AACAUCUGAUGGAAGAGAAAGCAGUGUCCUGAAGUGGGAAGAAUGUGUGAGGGUGCAGCCCUCCCUCCCCCCCAGCCCGGGCCAGGACAGAUCUCAACCCGGGAGUGUUGCUGACGGGGUAGAUAUCGAGCACAGUCAGGGCAGGUCGGGACUGGGGCUUUUCCGAGAGCUCAAGAGGAUCUAAAGGAGAGAGAAAAAAAAAAGAGGACUCAUUCCAACACAGACUUCUCAAACUGCCUUGCUCUCCCAGACGAUCUCUACCUCAAGCAGGUGUCUGGAUAAAGAGAGAAUGGGAAGCAGCAGUAGUCGGACUAUUGAAAUCCCUCCUGGGAAGGGACCAAAUCUUGUUGGAUGUAUAGACCUGAUGGUUGAUCACACAAUUCAGGGAAGUUUCAUCCGCCUAUAUUACCCAUGUGAGUCAGGUGGGGAUUAUGAGAAACCAUUGUGGAUUCCCCGACAGGAAUAUUAUUCUGGACUUGCUAAUUUUCUUCAGUACAAUCGAAGGCUUGUUGAUUAUUUUUUACAGCACUUGUAUGGAUCAUUUAAAAUUCCUGUUGAAUGGAAUGCCCCAUUUAAAGCUGAUGGAAAAUAUCCUCUGAUUAUUUUCUCCCAUGGCCUUGGAGCUUUCAGAACGCUGUAUUCAGCAAUAUGCAUAGAAGUGGCUUCACAAGGAUUUAUAGUUGCUGCUGUGGAACACAGAGAUGAAUCUGCUUCUGCUACAUAUUACUAUGAAGAGAAAUCCAUCAAUGAGGUGCAGCAACAGAGUUCGUCCACAAGUGCACUGCCAACUUUGGAUCAAUUGGAGGAGAGGUGGAUUGACUACAAGCCACAUAAGUUAGGAACACAAGAAUUCCCCUUCCGGAAUCAUCAGGUGCAUCAAAGGGCAGAAGAGUGCAUCAGGGCCUUAGAUCUGAUGACUGAUAUAGACACAGGAAAAUCAAUCCAUAAUGUCCUGGAAGUAGAUUUUGACUUCACAAAAAUGAAGGAUGCAAUUGAUCUAUGUAAAGUAGCUAUUAUGGGUCAUUCAUUCGGUGGUGCCACUGCGAUCGAGACCCUCGGUAAAGAUCAGAGGUUUAAAUGUGGAGUAGCAUUGGAUGCGUGGAUGUUCCCACUGGAUGAUGAGACUUAUCGAAAUGUACAGAAGCCAAUAUUGUUCAUCAACUCUGAAAAAUUCCAAUGGCCUGUGAAUAUCCUUAAUAUGAAAAAACUUGACUCAAAUACUAUACAGAGAAAGAUGAUAACAAUCAUGGGAACAGUACAUCAAAGCUUCCCUGAUUUCACUUUUUUGACUGGUUCCUUCCUUGGAAAGUUAUUUGGAUUAAAGGGAACAACAGAUCCUGAAAUGGCUGUAGACAUUAGUGACAAAGCUUCUUUAGCAUUCCUGCAGAGGCACUUGGGUCUUGAAAAAAGUUUUGACCAGUGGGACCCUCUCAUUGAUGGGAUAGGAGACCAUGUGAUACCAGGCACAAAUCUUCCUUUGCUUCCAUUGAGCAAACACUGACCAUAUGGUACUAACCACAUACUAUUGUUUAGCAUAGCCUAAACUUUUAACUCUCCGUAAUUCUAAAAAGCACACAAAUAAAAUCAGCCAUACGCACACAUUACCUCCAUAA